AUGGGCAAUUCAUCGUCACGACCAAAAUUGCCAGAAGGCUUCGAGUUCCCGCCUCCCCCGCAGACCAGAGAUGAGCUCCGUGACAGAUAUGGAUAUGCUUUAUUCGUUUUCCACACAGAAUGCAGGCGUCGACUUGAAGUUGUGUUUGAUGUUUUCUGUACAGUCUCUGGGUCGACCAAAUACUGGUCCGAAUCAAAUCUGGCCGACUUCAUACAAAGUACCUUUCCUCCAGAAUUGACCCCGAUUCUUAACGACGCCAUCCCAGUUCUACACCGAUUCGUACGACGACUAGGCUCAUUCCCAUACCAAAAUGACCCAGAAGAGCUUCUCACAUAUAAUGUACUGCAAAUGGCGGUCAUCCUUCUAAUAGUCCACGAUGAAAAGAGAUGGAGUGCCGAUCAAGAAGUCACUAGAACCUCAGACCCAUUGGCUAAUUCCAGGGUAGUCAUUUUCCAGAGCUUGACUACCCUUGAGCCUUCUGGAUCGAAAGAAGGACAAAGACAGCGAAGUGAAGAAGAUGACCUUCAUCUUCAAAAAGUCUUGGAUGAGAUCAACUCUAGGAAUUACUGGCGUGAUCCGGAAUAUCCUAAGUGGAUUUUUCCGGGUCCUGAAUGUCAGGCCUCGGAUUACCCUUCGUCGUGGUCAAAGGAUUUGCAUGGGUCGGUUCCGAUGGACGAGUUUAAAUCUCUGCUUCGAUUAUUCCUCGUUGCGCAACUGUAUCGUGGCGGCAUCGAUGUUCAAGCAUUUUCAAAUUGUCUAUCACGGUUGGAAAACAUUACCGAUUGUAUGCUGGCGGCAUUCGAGGAAGACCAUGAUACGACUGGCAUCUCCUGGGAGGUGUUUGAUCGGGUCGUCAAAAGGUCAAUGCCACGUCUUCUAUUCGGAUGCGCUCGACUUUUCGGACCAUUGUACUCGACAAAAUACCUGGGAGGAUUUCCCGCAUCGCCAUCUGUACUAGAGACACAGGGUAUUUUCAGAGAUACAUACCUCCCUCUCUUUCAACAGAAAGCUCCCACGUCCGGCGUAAUAUUGGACCUUCCGAUCCUAACUCAGCUUGCCAUCCUUAUGCCUACUAUUCUCCAAAUCGAAACUGUAUCGGUUUGUUGGUCUGUUACUGGCAAUAAUCAGCUUCGCAUCCACGAUCUUCUUACUGCUCUGAUAAAAGCGCUUACUGACCGGCUAAUUGUUCUCAUCUCCGGCAGCCGUGGCAACCGCCGUGUCGUUUUUGGUGCGCUUCUAACCAAGACAUCCAUUGAGGCGAAGCCUCAGAUGAUGGCCGAUCGUCUCUUCCAGCUUGAGCCAGUAUAUAGAGGUUUCUGUUCAUUGAAGAGGGAUUCCGAGGAUUUACUUAUGAUUCAUAAUGAUAGGAUUUCAAUGUUGAUAGCGGUACACACGGAAUCUCUGGGUCGAGUGGAGCUGCUGCUUGAUGAGACUGGGAGUGGGAGGUUUACUGUAUCACAUGAGAUGACAUCUGAACAGAGCUUCUGCAUUGAUGCGGUAGAGGUACUUUCUGUCAAUAAGGGCAGGAAGUCUAUUAUGUUCGAAUACUAA